AAACACUAAAGUGGCAAAAUUGAUAAAAAAAACAAAAAUGCAUUAUCACUAUGAUGAUCACAGACCUGACUGCAGUAAACCAGGAGCUGGAGACGGAGAGGAACAACUUAAGAGGACCAAUACAUAACAUCAGUCGAGCUCAGUGGAGCAUUGAUGAAUACUGCCCCAAAGUAAAUAACGUUUUAGAGAGACAGUGUAGAGCUUAUCAGAAGGGCUGGGAACUCUUCCAGUCCAGCUGCUAUCUGAUUAAUGAUCCUUCUGAUCAGAAAACCUGGGAAGAAGCUCGAGAAGACUGCAGAGGACGGAGUUCAGAUUUGGUUGUUGUACAAGAUGAAGAGGAUGAGGAUGCACUCCGUCAUUAUAGCUGGUACGGUGAAUACUGGAUUGGCCUGAGAGCUGAAGGAGGGAGAUGGAAGUGGAUCGAUGGAAGUGAUCUGACUGAAGGGGUCAGCGGCUGGAGACAAAAAUCACCACCUCCUACUGACGGUCAGUGUGUAGUUUCUGACGAGUUCAAAUGGAGAUCAGAGAGCUGUGCUGAGAGAAAUGGAUGGAUCUGCAAAAAGAAGACUUUACCUGUUUAAACACUGCAGUCAGACUUGAGAAGGUUACUGGAUGCUC